GGCUUGCCAGAGAGGAAUGCUGGGAAAAAGGCUGGCACGGAGGAGGAGGGCUCAGGUGGCCCGGCUCUAAGGAACAAAGACAGAGAGAGCAUUGGCCUGGCCAGGAGCAGUGAAGGCCCACAGCAGCCACCCAGAGGAACAAAUGUCACAGGUCGUGACUGAGAAGACCACAGAGGAGACCCGGCUGUGGAAUGGGGCUGUACUUGAUGCUUCGGGCCUCCAGGACAGCUUGUUCUCCCCUGAAAGUGACAACAGCCUGUACUUCACCUACAGUGGUCAGUCUAACACUCUGGAGGUCAGAGAUCUCACCUACCAGGUGAAUGUCGCCUCUCAGGUGCCUUGGUUUGAGCAGUUGGCUCAGUUCAAGAUACCUUGGAGGUCUCACAGCAGCAAAGACGCCUGUGAUCUGGGCAUUCAGAAUCUGAGCUUCAAAGUGAGGAGUGGGCAGAUGCUGGCCAUCAUAGGAAGCUCAGGCUGUGGGAGAGCCUCACUGCUAGACGUGAUCACAGGCAGAGACCACGGAGGCAAGAUGAAAUCAGGACAAAUCUGGAUCAACGGGCAGCCCAGCACGCCCCAGCUCAUGAGGAAGUGUGUGGCGCACGUGCGCCAGCAUGACCAGCUGCUCCCCAACCUGACUGUCCGAGAGACCCUGUCUUUCAUUGCCCAAAUACGCCUGCCCAGGAGCUUCUCUCAAGCCCAGCGAGACAAAAGGGUAGAGGAUGUGAUUGCGGAGCUGCGGCUGAGGCAGUGUGCCAACACCCGCGUGGGUAAUACAUACGUGCGUGGGGUGUCUGGGGGCGAGCGCCGGAGAGUGAGCAUCGGAGUGCAGCUUCUGUGGAACCCAGGAAUCCUCAUUCUGGAUGAACCCACUUCCGGCCUUGACAGCUUCACUGCCCACAACCUGGUGAGAACCUUGUCCCGCCUGGCCAAAGGCAACAGGCUGGUGCUCAUCUCCCUCCACCAGCCUCGCUCCGACAUCUUCAGGCUCUUUGACCUGGUUCUCUUGAUGACAUCUGGCACCCCUCUCUACCUGGGGGCUGCGCAGCACAUGGUGCAGUACUUCACGGAAAUUGGCUACCCUUGUCCUCGCUACAGCAACCCCGCUGACUUCUAUGUGGACUUGACUAGCAUUGACAGACGCAGCAAAGAACAGGAAAUGGCCACCAUGGAAAAGGCUCGGUCACUCGCAGCCUUGUUUCUAGAGAAAGUGCGAGGCUUCGAUGACUUUCUGUGGAAAGCAGAGACAAAGGAAGCGGACAUGGUUCCCUAUGCAGUCAGCCGGACCCUUCCACAGGACACGGACUGCAGGACCGCUGCUAGGAUGCCUGGGGUGAUGCAACAGUUCACCACCCUGAUCCGUCGUCAGAUUUCCAACGACUUCCGAGACCUGCCCACCCUGCUCAUCCAUGGGGCAGAAGCCUGCCUGAUGUCUCUCAUCAUUGGCUUCCUUUACUAUGGCCACGAUGCCAAGCCACUCUCCUUCACGGACACAUCAGCCCUCCUGUUCAUGAUAGGAGCUCUCAUCCCUUUCAAUGUCAUUCUGGAUGUCGUUUCCAAAUGUCAUUCGGAGCGGUCGAUGCUGUACUACGAGCUGGAAGAUGGGCUGUACACUGCUGGUCCAUACUUCUUCGCCAAGGUCCUAGGCGAGCUGCCUGAGCACUGUGCCUACGUCAUCAUCUAUGGGAUGCCCAUCUACUGGCUGACCAACCUGCGGCCGGUCCCCGAGCUCUUCCUUCUGCACUUCCUGCUGGUGUGGCUGGUGGUCUUCUGCUGCAGGGCCAUGGCUCUGGCUGCCUCUGCGUUGCUACCUACCUUCCACAUGUCCUCCUUCUUCUGCAACGCUCUCUACAACUCCUUCUACCUCACCGCGGGCUUCAUGAUAAACCUGGGGAACAUGUGGGCAGUACCCGCGUGGAUUUCCAACCUGUCUUUCCUCCACUGGUGCUUUGCCGGGCUGAUGCAGAUUCAAUUCAACGGCUACCCUUACACAGUGCAGAUCGGCAACCUCACCCUCUCGGUCCCCGGAGACAAGAUGGUCACGACCAUGGACCUGAACUCACACCCGCUCUAUGCUAUCUACCUCAUCGUCAUCGGCAUCAGCUGUGGCUUCCUGUUCCUGUACUAUCUGUCCUUGAAGUUCAUCAAACAGAAGUCCAUUCAAGACUGGUGAUGCUCACCCAGGCUUGCUCCCGCUGGCGGGACCCUUCUCCCUGGGCUUGCUGCCUCCUGCGGAGCCCACUGAGGACAAAGAUGACACAGAUCUCCGCAGCAGCCGCCCCUUGGCGCUGCAGUGGCACAGGUCAGCCACAGGAUGGCAGUAGAAUAAAGACAGUUGAAAGGGAUUUCUGAUCACGGGCCUGGGCUUGUGAUGGGAGGAAAAAAAAAAAAAACACCAAAAAACAGGGACUUGAUGGCACCUGCAAUGUUACUCAUUUAUUUCCGUUGGUUAUAUCUUUAUACAAGCAACCCAGUAUGGACUGGGAACCAGCUAGAUAUAAGUUGAGUAGCCAGACUAUGCAGAAAUUUCUGGAACCAAGAGAUAAUGGUGGUUUUACAGCAAAAUGUUCAGCUUUAUCCGUCCGUCACCAUCUUUAUCUCUCAGCUUAUCACAUCCCGUGUGAGAGCACUCCCAAUGCUGAUGGUGACCUAAAACAGACUAGUGAAAUGUCACCUCUUAUCUCUGUAGGGAGCCAUAGACUAGGGGAUUACUGGGCAUCUACUCCAUGGUAGCUAUGGUAUAAAGCAUGGCGUGUGGCUAUUGUCAUGUGUCCUCAGAACCCCCCCCCAAGCACCCUGUUUUACUGAGGUCACUAAGGCAAACGCAGAUAAAGUCGGCUCAGCUUACACAGCUGCUUUGUGGUGGAAUUAAAAAGAUCUUCUGGCCUUUGGUAGUGAGAAAGCAAAAGAUCAGGCCUGAGAUACCAGCCUUGGGGUUCCAGGGGCCUCUAGGAACAGUCUAUAGAGGUUGUGUCUGUCCAGCCAGGCCUCAGCCCUACAUCCCACUGUCUGGGUCUCAGGAUUAGCCUUGAACCGUCUGGAGAACAGGUUGCUUGCAUGCCCAGAUUAUAUGCUUUGUGCCAUCCGAUUCAAAGCAUAGAGAUGGGAGGGGGUUGUUCCCAGAGGAAGACUAGAGGCUGGCCCUGGAACAGUGAGGAGGGUAUUUGGGGCCAAGAGAGAUGUCCUUCAGCGGUUCCCCAGAUCCUGACUAUGUCUGGUGUGGUCCCUGGGCAGAUGAACUAGGCAGAAUCCCAGGGCUUCCCAGACUCAUGGGCUCAGCAUCCGUGUGUUCAGACUAUCCCAGCGUGAGCAGCAACGAUCCUUCCGGCCCCCGCUAGACUCAGGAAGUUCACACAGUCCCGUUGUAACCAUUCGGUGCACAGAUGCCACUCAAGAUCCAGAAAGGGACCCCAGUGUCCCCCUCAUCCAGAACGGAGUUGAGGACACUGUCUGAUUGCCCCAUCUCUGGUUUCUUUUGGUCUGGAAAGCUCCUCAAUAUGCCUGACUGUAGGGUAGCUUUCAAUUUCGGUUAUCUGGUGUAUUUCACAAGGCUGGACACCUUUGGUCAGAAUAUCCAAAAAUAACAUUUGUUUAUUUUCCUCCUGUAAUAUGUCCCAUCAAGCAGCAUGGUCUCUGCUUGUUGCUUGCGGGUGUCACUUUGAUUGCUUGAUGGAAACAUGUCUGUCGGACUCCUACACAUUGACUGUUCCCUCCUUUCAUAAUGAAUAAAUCUUUUGAAUGUCA